UCUCAGAGCGGGAGCCAGUUUGUAGAGAACGAAGUGUGUUCAACAGGCCUUCAGAUAUGCCAAACAACGUGCGGAGCCCUGUGAAUAAUCCACCAGAAGAGGGUCUGUGCGAAAGUCUCUUGAUGGAGUUGGAAUGCCCUGUGUGCGGCGAGCACAUGAUCCCGCCCAUCACACUCUGUGAAAGCGGUCACAAUACCUGUAGCAGGUGCAAACCCAAACUGAAGAAGUGUCCAACUUGUAGGCAACAACUUCUGGCUAUACGAAACCUCACUUUGGAGAACCUCACGAACAAAAUCAAGUAUCCCUGUCGUAACCACAAGACUGGGUGUGAUGAAUUACUUCCUUUAGACCAGAUCAUCCAGCAUCAAGCAGUUUGUCUUUAUAGAUUUUAUGACUGUCCAUUAGCCAAGGCACCUGGAGUAUUGUGCCUGUGGCAAGGUCCUUGGAGCGAAGUCAAGAAACACAUUGACAUAAAUCAUAAAGAUAGGGUUACCGAAGAAAUCAGUAAACUCUCUGUUCAUAUCAGAGAUUUUAAAUCCACUUACAAAUACUGUAGGGUCAUAUAUGCCUUGGGGGAGGUUUUCUAUCAACAAUUUGAGGUUAUUGCAAAUAACUUCUACUUUGUGGUCCAAUAUGUGGGGCCAGAAGAUGCUGCUUACAGAUACAAAUAUGAGUUCACUCUGAGUUCCACGUCAGGUGAUGAGAAGAUACAAGUGUCACAGGUGACUCGAAGCGUGAAAAUUAAUAUUGAUGAAAUCUGUCAGUCAGGAAAGUGUAUCAAGUUACAUUAUGAUGUUGUCAAGAAUUUCUUAGAAGAAAAUACCAUGGAGUUUGAAAUGGAAAUAUCGAAAGCAAGAGUCGAAGAAAAAUCUUGAAAGACAGUUCACCCCAUCUCAAGGUUAAGUUAUGUGGAGAGCCGACGGCGGAACUGAAGAACAGUUUGCUUCAUUAUCCCCUUUACUACCAUUAUCUUCCACUUCGCCAUGUAUUUUCGCUCUCUUCCUAAUUGAUUUCCUCAUCUCCUUGUCUUCCAUAUCAUCUUUCUCAUUUUCUCUUCUCUCCUUCGUUUCCUAAUCUUCAUUUUCCUCCUUUAAAUUUCUUCUCCCUUCUAUCCUAAUCUUCUCCUCCUACUGCGCCUUUUUUAAAGCCCUUCCUGUCCAUUUCCUUUCUUCAUUGUCCUCCUGUGCCUUCCUUCUCAGUCCCUUUAUCUCCCACUUUCCGCUUCUACACCCUCUUACCAUUUUCCUUCUUUUCCACUUUAUUAGCCUACUCUCCUUAUUUUGAAAGAAUAAGAGGAAGCUUAUGAGAUCACCUUGCUGUCUGUGUAUCCGUCUGUAUCUGUCCAUCUGUCUAUGUAUCUCCCAUGAUUAUUGAGACUUAAAAGAUCUCUCUUGUUUUCUGCGUACCCUCCUUUGGGGGGGGGG